AUGAUUGACAAAGACUUGAUCAAGGGUGCCUUAAACAUUCCCAUCAGCCAUGCUGUUGGGAUACUGGCAGCGUCAUCUAUUAUCUACUUCCUCGCUACUUGUUCCUACAAUCUCUAUCUCCACCCGUUGCGAAAGAUUCCGGGACCGAAGCUAGCCGCAAUUGGGCCUUAUCUGGAGUUCUACCAUGAAGUCAUCCGAGAUGGCCAGUACCUAUGGGAGAUCGCCAAGAUGCACGAGAAAUAUGGUCCCAUUGUUCGCGUCAAUGCUCGCGAGGUUCACAUUAAGGAUUCAUCAUACUAUUCCACGAUCUACACAGCCGGUUCCCGAAAGACUAACAAGGACCCUGCCACUGUCGGUGCUUUCGACGUCCCCACUGCUACUGCGGCUACUGUAGAUCACGACCAUCAUCGCUCUCGUCGCGGCUACUUGAACCCAUACUUCUCCAAGCGAACUAUCACCAACCUGGAACCUCUGAUUCACGAGCGCGUCUCCAAGCUGCUGUCCCGAUUCCAAGAGCAUCUUGACAAGAAGCAAGUUCUCAGUCUUGAUGGUGCUUUCUGUGCCUUGACUGCCGAUGUUAUCACCUCCCGAUUCUACGGUAAACAUUACGACUACCUCAACCUUCCGGACUUCCACUUUGUGGUUCGUGAUGGGUUCUUGGGUCUCACCAAGGUCUACCAUUUGGCUCGCUUCCUGCCUGUCCUGGUCACUAUUCUCAAGCGUCUUCCAUAUAGCUGCAUUCGCAUGAUCGCACCCUCUGUCGCUGAUCUUCUCCAGAUGCGAAAUGAGAUCCAGGACCGUGGUGCAGGCGAGUUUCUCUCCAACAAGAGCUCUGAAGCUAAGGGCUCUAUCCUUUUCGGUGCACUCGCUGAUACCCACAUUCCGCCUCAUGAACGUACUGUUGAGCGAAUGCUGGAUGAGGGUACCGUUAUCCUGUUUGCUGGCACUGAGACUACUUCAAGGACUUUGGCUAUCACCAUCUUCUAUUUACUCACUCACCCGGAGUGCCUGAAGAAGCUUCGAGACGAGUUGAGCAGCCUGCCCAAGUCUAAGAACAACCAGCAUCCUCUCUCCACCCUUGAGAAUCUUCCAUAUCUGAGCGGUGUUGUCCAUGAAGGGUUCCGUUUGGCCUUUGGCCCCAUCUCUCGCUCAGGCCGUGUGGCUACCCAGGAGGACCUCAAAUACAAGAACCAUGUCAUUCCCAAGGGGACUCCCAUCUCGCAAUCCACCUACUUCUGUCACACUGAUGAGAGUAUCUUCCCUGAACCCGAUAGGUUUCGACCUGAGCGUUGGAUCGAGGCUGCCGAGAAGAAGAUCCCACUGAAGAAGUACAUCACCAACUUCUCUCAGGGCUCUCGGCAGUGCAUUGGAUAUACUAUGGCCUUUUCUGAGAUGUACCUGGCUCUUUCUCGAAUCGCUCCAGCAUACGAUAUUGAGCUUUACGAUACCACCAAGGCCGACAUUGAUAUGACUCAUGCCCGUAUCGUCGGAUACCCCAAGGCUAUUCCUGGAAAGACUGAGCAUGUUGGUGAAAUCCGGGUAAAGGUCCUUGGGCCCUUGUAG